AUGUGUAUCGUUUCGGAUAGGCAUGCAAGCAUUAUUAAGGCAACUUCAACUGUCUAUGAUGAAAUACCUUAUUUCGCGUGUAUAUGGCACUUGUUGCAAAACAUAAUGAAAAACUUCCAAAAGAGUCAGCAAAAGGUAACAGAAUUGUUCUACUCUAUGGCAAAAACAUACACCACGGUAGAGUUUAAUCAAUAUAUGGAAAUUGUUGAAAAGAUAGACAAGAGGAUUAAAGACUACUUGCUGAACAUUGGAUACAACAAAUGGUCAUGUGUUCAUGCUCAGGUAAAUAGGACUUGGAUGAUGACAUCAAACAUUGCAGAAUCAGUCAAUUCAAGAACAAGACAUGCCAAAGUUCUUACAGUUUUGCACCUCCUAGAAUUCAUGUGAUAACUUGUUCAAAAAUGGAAUAACAAUAACAGGUCAAAGACAAUAUUUUUAGGAUUUUACCUUGGGAAAAAGUAUGAAAAAAUUCUACAACGUAACAAAACUGCAUCGGAGAAAUUAAGAGUAUGGUAUUUGUAA